ACCAAAUCCAGCCCAAUGUCACGGACGUCCGACUGAUUGACGGUCAUUUCCCGUGGGAAGGCCGGGUGGAGGUAAAAAACUGGCUGGAGUGGGGGAGUGUGUGUGGUAACCACUUCUGGACUACGGAGGUCGCAAAGGUCGUAUGCAGAAUGCUCGGGUUCCACUCAAAACACGUGCAUGCUAUUGCCGAUAGUCAACAUGGCUAUACAAACAUAACCACUGUGAUGACGGAUUACAGUUGCCAUGGUAACGAGACAGAACUCAAUGAAUGCUCCUUGGCUCCGUAUCAAACUGGUCUAGAGUGUAGGCCCCUACAAAGCGCUCGUUUAAAAUGCGUGGAGUAUACAGUGGCUGACGUUGUGGACGUUGAAUGUAGCCGUCAUUCCUGGAUGGUUGCUGUCAACCUGGUGAUGCUGCAGGCGCUCUACCCAGGCGCCGCACCAUACAACAUGCGCAUGGGCAACUGCCGUGGCAAGCUGUACCCCAAGGACGAGCUCGUGUUUUACAGUUCAUACAAAGAUUGCGAUACGUUCAGUAGGGUAGAAGGAGAAACUGUUGUGUACACGAACCACCUGUCUUUCAAUAACUUAACCCUCCACACUGUGGACGCCACCAAAUUCAAGUACCACAUGAAAUGUGUCGUGCGCCAAGACAGCAGCCCAACAUCGACUACGAUGACAGCAAACAGUACCUCGGAAUACACGCCGGUAUUAGUGUCUCUGUACAGCGAUCAAGGGCACAUGCAUCCACUUCCGGUAGGUUCACUUCCGGUGUCGAUGCCUGGUCUUGUCUACGUCAGAGUGAGCCCGAAAGACCAAACUGCACUGAAGAUGAUCUUGAAGAAUUGCUACGUGGUUGGAGACGGGUCUGACAGUCGUGUUUUAAUUAAGAACGGGUGUGAGGUGAACCAGUCGACUCACAUCUCGCUACUCAGUGACGUAGAGAGCCGCUUCUCCUUCUCUGUGACGUCGACACAGUCACCCACGCAUCCUGGCGACCAGAGUCACGUGACUUGUGACGCCAAAUUCUGCUCCUUUAAUGACAAGAGCCCAUCCUGCUACCACGGAUGUCGAACGCUGAUGCACGAACCGCUAGUCGGCUGACGUGGCUUUGGUCGAUUUGUAUUUAGUGCGAAAAUACUUGACGAAUUUUAAUAGAAACAUUAGACAAUU